AACUCAAACUUGACAUCUGAUAUGACAUCAAUUUUAAAUCACAUCAAAAAAUAUACCAAGAAAAAUCACAUUUCACCUCAAUCAAAAUUCUACGUAAAAAAUGAUCCCAAGGCAGGUUCUAAAAUCAUUUUACAACAAUAAUCUGGUUUCAUCUUUGUGCACUCAGCCCGAGUACCAGAAAUCCGUCCAAGUAUCCAUUUUGGGUGCCGGUUCGCGACUUGGCACUUACACCAGCUUCUUGUUGAAGCAAAAUCCGCUGAUUUCAGCGCUUCAUCUUCAAGGAUGUUUGGGAGUCGAAAAUAUAGGCAACGAUUUGAGUCAUAUGGACACCAGCUGUGCUGUACAUUCGUAUUGCGGUAUGGACUCUGGUGUGGAAAAAGCUGUCAAGAGUGCCGAUGUGGUUCUAAUUCUACCAACCGAAAAUUUGAGUGCAGAUACUCCCAUAGGUGAACGCAUCAUGAAAGAGGGUAGCAGAUUGCACAAGGUGGCUGUGAGGUGUACUCUUUUUGCACCGCGUGCUAUUUUGGUGGUUUGUGUACCUCCCGUAUCAGUAACAACGCCUUUGGUAACUGAAGUUUUCAAGAAGUCGAAUUUCUAUCAUCCUGGACGGAUCAUUGGAUCAACAGCAUUCGCUCAGGGCAUUGAGGAAACCUAA